AUGCCUAGAUCAAAGUCAAGUACUUCUAUCCAUGUCCAGGAGCGAAGUCCCCAAACCUGGACGCGAUGGGGCCGAACGAUAAGACAAAUACUGGCGGGUAAAUUCGAGUAUUCUGAUACAGAAAUGAGACGGCUUGGUAACACUACCGAGACCAAAGAGGAAAACGAUGAUGGGCUGGAAGACGAGCAGAAGCAGGAAGAUCAGGCGUGA